GUCAAUGAUGCGUGUUAUUGCAAACAAAGAAAAAAUAGUGUAGUAUAGAAUUAUUUACUUUAUUUUGAACCAUUAGCCAAUGCGUGCAGAAAAUAUUGUUUUAUUCGUUUAAAUUAUUUAAAGAUUAAUUCAAGUAAUCAUUAUGAGUUCAGAAUUAGUACUAGGCAUACGAUCGAAUUCACAAAAUUUGACAACUAUCAAAUUACGCGAUAUUAAUUUAAAAAAUAGAGUAGAAGAUUUAAGAUACAAGACUGCAGCAAAAGUUAAUUUAUCCAAGGAGUCAUUUGAACUUAUAUAUUGUGGAUGUAUCCUGGAAGAUGAUAUAACUUUAGAAGCUAGUGGACUUAAAAGUGGUGCAAUGGUACAUGUUUUAAUGAAAAAGGAAGUAGAACCUCCAGUACCAGUAAAGUAUAUAUCAGAAGAAAGUAUCCUACAGCUGGCUUCUACGUUUAAAUCUUUUAUUGAAAAUCCUGCAUUUAGAAGUGCUUUACACCGUUUAAGUAAAAGACCAGAAGUUAUAGAUAAUAUCAUUUCAUCAUCUCCUGGAUUGCAUGAAGACUCUGUUGCAAUUGCUAUGUUACAAGAUCCUGAUCUCAUGGGUCAUUUUACCGAUAUAGAUACUAUUAAAAGAAUUGCAGAAUUACAUCCAGUACUUGUAGAAGCUGCACAAAAUUUAGCUGCUGCUGUACACGAAGAAGCUCAUAACAAUGCUACUGCUGGUUCUAAUUCCUCCAUGUUAAAUACACCGCCUACCGCGUAUUCUUAUAGUUUAGAUAAUUUGAGCGAUGAUGAAGAAAUGGCUGGAGAUUCUUCCCAAUCGUCAGACUCUACUCAACCCUCGAAUUUAUCUGCUAAUUCGUCAAACACUAUUACUACAGCACGACUUGCAGCAGCUCUUUCAAGAGCGGGAAGCCGCGCUUUUCCAUUAUCGAACUCUCCAUCUUCUACAUCAGCUAGUAGUACAAAUUCAGGUGUUAUAACUACCGAGAUGUUUACACAGGCUAUGCAGCAAGCAUUUGCAACGACUCCUGCUUCAACAGCUCCAACAGCUCAAACAGCUCCAACUUCAUUAUCACCUAUGUUACAUCCCACCCUUCCAGAAUCUACAGAUUUACAAAGACAAUUGGCGCAAAUGCACGAAAUGGGUCUUCAAGACGAUAAUACGAAUGUUCAAGCGUUGAUAUUAACAAAUGGGAAUGUCCAAGCGGCGAUCGAACUUGUAUUUAAUAGUUUCAGUGAUAAUUAGGAAAUUUAUAAUAAAAACUCGCUUCUCUCAUAAA